AUGCAGCAGGGGGGCGCCUCGCUGGCGCGGCUGCCCAGUGCCGGCAGAAAUAUGGACCAGCCCUUCACCUUCACCUCCCCAUUCACAGCGGCAGAAGAGUUGCGCCAGGCCGGAGCGGCGCCAGCGGGCAGCGUCCAGGGCGGCAGCGAGGAUGGGGAGCUGGACGGCGGCUCGCGCCGGCCCAGCGGCGUGCUGCGCUCGGCGGGGAGCGACCCCAACCGCAUGCGCCGCAACAUCAGCUGGCCGGACUUUGAGAACCAGGCCCCGCUGGCUCAGGUGGUGGAGUAUGAGCCGUCUGACCGCCACUCGGCACGCAGCGAGGAUGACUGGGGCAGCCCCCGCUCCUCGGGCUGCAUGUGCUGCAUCCAGUAG